AUGUCUACCUCCCUCCCACCCCCGCCACAAAGCAAUCCAAUGUACAGCUACUCGACAAACACGUCCACAUCCACAAUCUCGGGUCCUGGCUCGCAUCAACGGCCCCUCUCCAUGCGCGACUCGAUGUCGCGCUCGCCCAACCCACCUCCCGCCGCUCCCAACGGCGCUGGCGCUGCCGGCGGUGGGGCCGCAGGACAGAACAUUCUUGACAGGCCACUCAACAAGACACGCGGUAGCGAGGUGGCGCUUGCGAGCUGGGCGUUCAUGUUCGCCGAGAUUGUGUCUUAUUCGCAAAGCCGGGUGGACAGCGUCGCCGACCUGGAGCAGAGGCUGACAACCCUCGGAUACGAAACGGGCCAGCGCGUUCUCGGCCUUCUGCUGCUCCGCAGCGCCCAGGCAUCGCACAUGAAGGACCCGCGCCGCGAGCACCGUCUCAUCCCCAUCUUGCAGUUUGUGCAUACCCAGGUGUACAAGUACUGCUUUGGCCGCCCGGCAGACGGUCUCGAGAGGAGUGUCGAGGGCGAGGACGAGUACAUGAUCACGAUGAACCAGCCGCCUCUUACCCAGAACAUUUCGAUUCCAAAGGACAUGUCCCAGCUCAGCUGCGAGGCGUUUACGGCCGGAAUCGUCGAAGGCGUGCUGGACGGCCUCGAUGUCCCGGCCCGCGUGACAGCCCACACCGUCAGUACGGAUCAGUACCCGCAACGCACGGUGAUUCUCGUCAAGCUCGACCAAAAGGUCAUGGACCGCGAGACUGUGCUGGGCAAGUAA